UCUCUAUUGUUGUCUCGGCGGUGCUCUCUUCGAUGUCAUCGAAGAAUCAGAGAUGCUUUUCUGAUGAAAUCUCCAAAGCUUGAUGAUGGCUCGGUCUCUCCGUCUCUCCUCUUCGUGAUUUAACGCCGACGACGACAAAGAGGAGACAGCAGUGGAGUAAUGCGCCGAAUCCGAUACCAACGAUGUCCCAGCCCCGGAAAUCCGAUACCGACGACGUCGUGGCUCCUCCUCUCGUCCAUCCUCAAGUUCCUCUCGAUCAGCGACUCCAAGCUCUGCAAGUCCUUAGCCAACUCGCUGUGACUCCUCACCAUCUCCUCCAUCGAUUUUAUCGGCACCGAGUCGCUGAUCUUCCACCGGUGCCUUCGAUAUCUCGUCUGUCUCUUCCAACUUAGAGGUAGUGACUCUCGGAACCGAUUGAUUCAACUCGACAACUCCUCUGACAACUUUGAGGUUUAUGGUUGUCGAAUCCGAUGAUUUUGGUGUUGUAAUUAACCAAGUGUCUUCGGUUUUGAUAACAGGACAGUUCGUAGCAGCUUUGGAUGGUUUAGCCGCGUGGGAGACAGUAAAGGAGAAGACAGAUAACAUUGAAGACAAAGAUCCUCCAAAGAGCAGCAAGAUACAGGAAAGGAGAAGACAUCUCACAUUGAAGACUCUCUUCAUCAAAGAUGUCAAACCAUCUCUUCAGGUUCAGAGGUUGAUGGUUGAGAGAGAUGCAUGUGACACAAGCAAACAAGAAAAGGAAAAGAAACAGCAGGGAAGCAUGUGACACAAACAAACAACUUUCAAAAGUCGUAGCAUGUGAAUCCUAAAGUUCCAUACGUUUCAUAUUCUUCCUUUAUAAUGUAGUAGCAUGUUUAGAAAAUUGUAUUCUCCAAAUUGUGCCUAACGGUUUCUUUCUCUCUUUUUUUGCUGCAUUGUAAGAUUCAAAUUGUGCCAAACGUUUUCUCUCGUUUCAUAUUCUCUCAAACUAUUUCUCUUUUAUCAUCUCUCUCUUACCAUUUCACUUUCAAAUGUCUUCUUCUUCUUCUUCACACAAUUUUGAAGAUAUUUUGGAUGAAGCAUUUGAUCAACUUUGGGACGAACAAUUCGAGCAACUUUACACUCACCAUGAAAAUCGUCAAGCAGCUGCAAAGUCCAAAAAAAAGAGCUUACAUUGAAAGACAACGCGAACAAGGACACAUGCAGUUGUGGAACGAUUAUUUUAGUGAAGAUGCAACAUAUCCUUCUCACAUGUUUCGACGCCGUUUUAGAAUGAACAAGCCUUUGUUCAUGCGAAUUGUUGAUCGACUCUCCGCUGAAAUUCCAUACUUUCAACAAAGAAGAGAUGCUACUGGAAGGUUCGGUCACUCUCCAUUACAAAAGGUAACAGCAGCAAUUCGUAUGAUGGCAUAUGGUUGCCCAGCUGAUGCAGUCGACGAAUACCUCUGACUUGGUGAGACCACCGCGCUUUUAUGCUUGGAACAUUUUGUACAAGGAAUCAUAGAUUUAUUUGGAGAAGAAUAUCUAAGAAGACCCACACCAGAAGAUCUUCAACGACUCCUUGAUACUGGAGAGGAGCGCGGAUUUCCCGGGAUGAUAGGAAGCAUCGAAUGUAUGCAUUGGGAGUGGAAGAAUUGUCCGACCGCUUGGAAAGGUCAAUAUACACGUGGAUCAGGAAAACCAACUAUUGUUUUAGAGGCUGUAGCUUCAGAAGAUCUUUGGAUAUGGCAUGCGUUUUUCGGACCUCCAGGUACCUUAAACGGUAUCAAUGUUCUUGAUCGAUCACCGAUUUUUGAUGAUAUAUUACAAGGUCGAGCUCCAAAAGUCAAUUAUACUGUUAACGGACAUAACUACUGUUUGGCUUACUAUC